GAACUCUGCUGGUACGUGUAUCUGCAUUUCAUUUAACUUGUGCCAUAUUUUUUCUUCAUAUUUUACGGAGUUCCAUACGAGUUUGGGCAUUUCUACUUUGUAUAAUAAUUUUGCAAAAUUUGUGUUAAAUUUAGAAGUUUAGCGUAGACACAUGCUCACUUAGAAUGUAUCAAUUCCAGCUAUAAAAAAUUUGCACUGGCACAUGUACAUAAUCUGAAAAAAAACUGCAAAAACAAUCUAAUUUAUUGUGCCGUAAUAAAUAGUAUCCCGACAGUUAGAAUAAUGUCACAUCUGGAUUUCGAAGACAACUCGCCCACCGAACAAAUCACACCUACCCUGAAUGUAUACACCAUCACCGCCAUUUGUUCCUGGCUCCCACUCUGCACCGUGAAGCGGUGCCGCCUCGUCUCCAAACUUUGGAACGCUGGAGCCAUUCCAAUUCUCUUUAAGCGUUCCACCCUCCGACUAAAGUGCAACGAUAUUAACGAAAUUUCCAGAAAUGUAACCUUAUUAACGGAAAUUUCCUCCCUCGGAAUUCCCGACAAUGUUCAAAUCACCAUCCUAACCCGGACACAUCUUGCCUACAGUCCUAUCACGCGGGACAUUUGGAACGAUGAAUUUGUCCGAUUCUACGCCAAAAUCCCGGGUAUUACACAUCUAUCUUUCAAAAAUUUGACUCUCCACUGGAACAUUAAUUCCCACAUGGAAGCCGACUUGAUUCAAAACCUUAUUCAAAACUCCUCCCGCACUUUAACCCGGCUAAAUAUUUGUCCCAGAUAUGACUACACAUUUGACGUCGAUCUCAUACCUUUGCCCGACUUCGUAAAUAAAUUCGACCCUGUGAAAAGAUUAGACUUAUCAAGAAUGAGGACUCAUAAGUUUGUCGUGGAAAAUAAUUGGCGCAAAGUGUUGAACUUUGUUACACAACUGAUGACCGUGUUUGACAAGUUGGAGGAUCUUAUUUUGCACAAGACCUUGACCAAAUUUCUUGUAGAAAUUGUCGACGUAAUUCCUAGAACGAUGGUCAACCUCACAAUAUCUGGUGCAAUAAUGCACGACGAAUUACAGGACGUCGCACAAUUGAAGAAUCCUCUAAGAAAGCUAUCCAUUAAAGAUGUCAUCUUUGGGGACGAUGCCAGCCCUGAUAUUCCCCCUCACCUGUACAAUCUAAUCUCAAAACAUGCACAAACCUUGGAACUUCUCACCGUACGAUUCCUAGCCUGGGAAUUUUACGACGACUUAAAGUUGCCCGCUCUUUUAAACUUGAAACGAUUUGAUUUGACCGUCCCGUCGGUAAGAUAUGGCUGGAAUUUUUACAUUGAUUUUCCACCAGAAACCCCGAAUUUGGCCAUGGCGUUUCCUCGCCUGAGAGAGUUCUGUUUAACCUUCCAUGUCGUGUGGGAAGGUUACUGGACAAACGCUUUGGAGUCUUUGUUCAGCAGUGAGACACAAGUUUGUCCGAAUGUGAGAAAGGUUGAGAUAAGGGAUCUCAACUGGAGAAAAACUUACUGCUUUGUUGACCGAGGGUACGAGAUUGACGUUAAAUAUGCCCGUAUUUUUAAAAUAUUUCCAAACGCGAACAAUAAAUUUGUGCAGGAUUUGAGAAAAUAUUUUGAAAAGAAAGGAAUGUUGACUAUUUAAAUGAAAU